AUGCAGCAGGCCGUCCAAACCAAUCGGACGGCCGGCCCCGAAGUAGGCGUGAAGCCGGCGAUAGAACAGGCAAUAACAUUAAUUAUCCAAUACGUCACCGAGCAGAUAUUACAGCAGGAAGACCAAGAGAGUACAAUACAGGCCGACCAGAAAGCCGACCAGAAAGCCGACCAGAAAGCCGACCAGAAAGCAGACCAGAAAGCAGACCAGAAAGCAGACCAGAAAGCAGACCAGAAAGCAGACCAGAAAGCAGACCAGAAAGCAGACCAGAAAGCAGAUACCAGAAUCAAUAGACCGGUAGAUUUAUAG